AUGUCUGGAGAUCAAGGAGGAGAUGGUAAUUCCUCCCCUGCGUUUCAACCAGAAACGUCUCUACGAUUACCGUCAAAUCUAAGCAAUGAAAAUAUGCCGUUUGGAACCGUCCGCCAGUCAAGAGUUACGGGACAGCAACGAAGAACCUAUGGUACUUUGGAACCCUCAGAAAGGGAGGAACCUGAUUCACGCCCGGACGAAAGUCGACCGGAGAGCUCGAGCCGCAUGCCUCCGUCUCAAUCGCCAUCAACGGUAACCCAAUCCGAUAAACCAAGGAAACCAUCCGUCACACGUCGCAUGUCUUCUAAGCGGACGAUACCCCAUAAGGGUCAAGAGUUCUCUACUGAUGACGAUGUCCAAGAAGUUGAGGAAGACAUCGCUAAGCAACAGGCUACGAAUCCUCAGAAUUCACCAAGGAUGCGCCCCUUGCGAAAGCAAAGCUCGAGCCUCAGGCGAAGAAUCAAUGCUCGCAUCAGUCCCCUGACACGAACAGAUCCUGAGGAUAAUGAAAAUGAAACCACCGUUCUACCAGCAUCUAGCUUGGAAGGAGCCGGAAAUGGCACCUCUUCGCAGCACUCUGAGGGCGGAAGCCAAAAUAGUAACGAUAAUAACGAGGAGGACGUCAGCGAUGCGGAAAGCUUUACAUUGAAGGAUCGGCAGCAGGCUAUUAAUGAAACGCACCCUUUUGGAAUAAGGCUAUGGAAACCUGCCCUAUACAAAAAGAGUCGUUCAGUAGAGAAGACCGCUGAAGGUGAUAUACAUUCGUCACCUGGUGGUCGAGUGGGGACCAUGCUGUUCCUAACAAACUUAUUGUGGACGGCAUUCUUCGGGUGGUGGCUUGCUUUGGCUGCACUUAUUGGCUCCGUCGCCUGCUUCAUCUUCGCGUACUCUCCAAGUGCUGUGGAAUAUGGGAAAGUUUUCUCCGGCCUCUCUUGGUACCUUAUCUACCCGUUCGGAUCAUUUGUUCGCCUUGACACCGAUGAGAAUUAUGCAGAGGAAGAUGAAGGCGAAGGCCGCAGCAUUAGCGAGUAUGAGCAAUGGCAAAACGGUGACCUAGAACAUGGAAGGCUGUUCUUUGGCCCUCGCCGCGGCCGAUCCCUCGUGGGCAGAAGAAGAAAUAGCAUUGAUUCUGCCAGUGAACAAGACAGCCUGCUAGGACGGACACAAAGAGCCAGCUCACACGAUAGUCCUCUAGGUCGCCAUAAACGACGUUUGUUUGGCCGUGGCGAGUGGACCCUUGGUCGUGUCGUGUUCUUUGUCUUUUUUUAUUUCCUCGUGGGACCUUUAAUGCUAUUAGUAUCUCUCCUCUGCUGGUUGCUGGUCUUCUGGAUUCCAAUGGGACGUGUGACCAUUAUAUUAUUUGAUCAUCUUCGUCGCCAUCCCCUCGCCCUUUCAUACCAUUCCGAUACCUCAUAUACACGGCUGAGCCCAAACUCCUCUUCAUCUAUUCUUUUAUGCACCUAUCGUGCCGCCGGAUUAAGAUACUGGAAAUACACGGUUGGCGGCACCAACAUCUUCUUGAUCAAUCUUCUCGGCGUUGUACUGUUUGUGAUUUUUGACUACUUCUUUCUGGAAAAAACUCUAGGUGUUCAAAACUCCUUGACUCACCCGGGUUUAAUUUUCACCCUGGCCCUUGUUUCCAUCAUCCCACUUGCUUAUUUCAUUGGACAGGCUGUUGCUUCGAUCUCCGCACAAUCCUCAAUGGGUAUGGGUGCUGCAGUUAACGCUUUCUUUUCAACGGUGGUCGAAGUCUACCUCUACUGCGUUGCUUUAACCGAGGGUAAAGGCCAGCUUGUUGAAGGUAGUAUCAUAGGUAGUAUCUUCGCAGGCAUCCUGUUCCUCCCUGGAUUAUCUAUGUGCUUUGGAGCCAUCAAGCGUAAAACACAGAGGUUUAAUGUUAAAUCCGCCGGUGUUACCUCUACGAUGCUUAUGUUCGCUGUGAUUGCUGCCUUCGGGCCCACUCUGUUCUAUCAAAUAUAUGGCAGCGCUGUAAAGCCUUAUUCAUGGUUUGCGGCUUUAUUUCUGUUUCUAUCGUAUAUCAUUGGUUUAUGGUUUACGCUUAGAACCCACGCUGCCCUCAUAUGGGCUACAGAAAUUGAGGAGAAGAAAGCCGCGGCUGUCGUCCAGGAGCACGGUCCUUACGAGCCAAGGCACCUCGUCCAUAGCGGGCCACCAGCAGUUGCUGGUGCAAACUCUGGUCCAGGUUUAAAGGGGUCCGUUAGGGAUUCUCAAUUGUACAAACGUAUUCUAGGACAAUCCCUGAAGCAUAUCGGCUUGUCCGAAAAUUCAAUCGAGUCCGGCGCAGAACAGCCGGAGUCAAGCUCGGCGCGUGAUACGAACACGCCCUAUCUUGUCCCUCCGCAUGGGGAGGGCGAUGAGGAUUACUCGAGAUUUAGCCGUUUCGGGGGGUUGUCGGGUGAAGAGAAUGAGCACCUGAUGCGCCAGGUAACAGAAGUUGCAGCAACUGCUGCAGCAGUUGCUGCCCGCGAUGCAGCUCGAACCCGAAAAUUAUCCGUUCAACAGAACCCAGCACGCCAUAGUAACAGGGGAUCCACUGACCCAAUCAAGGCAGUAGUAGAGGAGCUUGAUGAUAUUGGACUCGAGAACGGCCAAACCAGUGGCGGGCAUGAUGCACCAAACUGGAGCAAGGCUAGGAGCUCGAUCAUCCUUCUAGGAGCCACCGUUUUCUAUGCAAUUAUUGCUGAAAUUCUUGUGAACACCGUAGAUGUGGUGCUGGAGAGUGUUGACAUUGAUGAAAAGUUCCUUGGAAUCACACUAUUUGCUCUAGUCCCCAACACGACGGAGUUCUUGAACGCCAUCUCUUUCGCCAUGAACGGCAAUAUAGCCUUGUCGAUGGAGAUCGGCUCAGCCUACGCCCUGCAGGUUUGCCUUCUGCAGAUUCCAGCUCUGGUACUGUUCAGCGCUAUUUAUGAACGCUUAAUUGAUCCAGCAGAACUUCUAACUCACACCUUCAACCUUAUUUUCCCGCAAUGGGACAUGGUUUCAGUAAUACUUUGUGUCUUUCUCUUGUCGUAUGUCCACGGUGAAGGAAAGAGCAACUACUUCAAAGGGUCUAUCCUUGUCCUUACAUAUCUUGUCGUUGUGAUUGGUUUUUACUUGUCUGGCUACAGCAACAUGGAUGUCAUGGGUGUCGAUCGCCUCGACACGUUGGCGCUUGGCACCUCCCAGACAUUUCACUCUCGAUAG